AUGAGCAUUCGACGGCAAGUAUUGGGAGGAUAUCGUCGAUUAUUACGAGCGAGUCGUCAAGCAUUUCGAGAUGAUGCAUACGCAUUACAACAAGCUCAUUUAACACUGCGUCAGAAUUUUAUUGACAAUUGGCAAGUGACUGAUAAAAAACAAUUGGACGAAUUGGUAAAGGGGAUUGAUGAGGCUGAGGGGAUGUUACUCCACCAUAUUGUUCAAGGUCGUGCCAAGGAGACAAAUGGAAACGAGGCCGUGCGUUUUGAAGUAAAACUCACGGAUCCACAACGUCAAACCAUGCGUAAAGAUGAGGAGAUGACACCAUUGACGGAGAAAUCUGGUAGUGAACCACUUGUGAUGAAUUCAGGAAACGUGUGUCAACGUCCGUCGUAG